CUGCCUGCCCGCAGCUCCUCCCAGCCCCAGCACUGGCAGGCCCUGCUGGGGCUGCACGUGCAGGGCCUGACCAGCGAGUGGACGCUGAGCCGCGGCCUGCGGCGCGUCCUGGCCCACCCGCAGUACGACGCCCGCAGCUACGACUACGACCUGGCCCUGCUGCAGCUGGACCGGCCCCUGCUGCUCGGUCAGCACGUCUGGCCCAUCUGCCUGCCCUCCCCCACAUACCAGCUGCCCCCCGGACACCAGGCCUGGAUCACCGGCUGGGGGGCCACCCGGGAGGGAGGUGUGGGGGCGUCCGUCCUGCAGAAGGCCAUGGUCCGGCUGGUGAACCAGACCGUCUGCGACCGCCUCCUGAACGAUGACCUCACUGACCGCAUGCUUGGGCGGGCCUUCCUGGCGGGCGUGGUCAGCUGGGGGGAAGGCUGCGGCCUCAGGAACAAGCCGGGGGUCUACACCCGGGUCCCCGCGCUGCGCGGCUGGAUAAAGGAGCAGAGCGGCGUGUAG